AUAUCUAGCUAGCUAGCAAGCUAACGCUAGCUGAGUUGGUGUCUAACACGAUUGCCUGUUGUUGAAAAUGAGUGUUUUAUUAUCUAGCAGCUAGCUACUGAGGUUACUUAGCCAGAUGUUAACAAAGGUGAAGGACGAGGCGCUAACUACCUUGUUUGCAAACGAAGGCCAAGGAAGGAACGCGUGACUGGAUUUUUCGCAACGUUGGUUAACGUUAUGCUGCUAAUUUAACUAGCCUACAGGAAAUUCCCUGCCUUGACGCUAACAUUAGCGUUUCCAGCGAAGGUAGCUAGCUAACCAUUGAAAGAAGUCACGCUGGUUUAUUAUGAGGCUUAAUUAACCUUUCUAACGUCAGACUAGGGGUGGUAGCUAACUAGUCAACUAAGAAGUAUGAUAUUUGCCAGCCACAGUUAACGCUGUGUUUUUACUACCAGGGUGUCAACUUCUGCCGCAUUGGCAGAUUUGGGUUCGAAAGCUAGCGUGACAUUUUCUACCUACUUGUCCUGUUGCAGGUGAUUAUGACAUGCUUCAUGCCAUGCAUCGAAAGUUAAAGACGAGUAAAAACCAGAUAAAGGUGGACCUAGUGGAUGAAAACUUCACAGAGCUGAAGGGGGAGAUCGCAGGGCCACCUGACACGCCAUAUGAAGGUGGCAGAUAUCAACUAGAAAUUAAAAUUCCAGAAACAUAUCCCUUCAAUCCACCAAAGGUGCGAUUUAUCACAAAGAUCUGGCAUCCCAACAUCAGCUCAGUCACAGGUGCUAUAUGUCUGGACAUCCUCAAAGACCAGUGGGCGGCAGCUAUGACGCUGAGGACAGUGCUGUUGUCACUACAGGCCUUACUGGCAGCUGCAGAACCAGAUGACCCACAGGACGCUGUGGUGGCCAAUCAGUAUAAGCAGAAUCCAGAGAUGUUCAAACAGACGGCCAGACUCUGGUCUCAUGUGUACGCCGGCGCCCCCUCCUCCAGCCCAGAGUACACACGCAAAAUAGACAAACUCUGUGCCAUGGGCUUUGACAAAAAUGCAGUAAUAGUGGCGUUGUCGUCGAAAUCCUGGGAUGUGGAGACAGCAACAGAGCUACUGCUCAGUAACUGAGUCUCAACGCCCCCAUCUGACCCCUCUCCUUCAGUCUCCCUCCAUCUGAAGCCCUCUUCUCUGCUGUCCCUCUGACCCCUCACCCCUCUCAUCUACCUGUUGGAUACCCCCUCUCAACCUCCUGGCAUUUCUCCCAUUGUCAUCAUCUCUGUACCACUCUCCUCCAUCUUCCCUGCCAUCUUCACAUUGGCAUUGUUCCCUGCCAUCAUUUCACAUACCUCAAUCAAAUGACUCCUUCCCUUAGGCCAUGUGCCAUUCCUCUCCCUCUCUACUCAUGCUAUUCAUGUCCAUUACCAUCCCAACUCCUUCAGACUCACUGGCUUUGUCUAAACACUCUCCACCGGCGUCCUAUGACGUAUACAAUCCUUUUACAUCAGUUAUGACCUUGAAGAAAUAAGGAAGUGUUGUAGGAUUGUUUGAACAGAGAAAUCUCCACCAUUUUGGCACUUACCACAUCACUGAUGUUUCCUAGCACUUGCAGUAGCCAUAUGAUGUGUCAACUGUCUUAGUCUUACCAUCCUAAACUCUCCACCCCAUCAGCAGGGAGUCCCACCCCUCUCAAGCCUGUCAUGACUAUCAUCAUCACUCUUUCUUCUUCCCCCUUUUUUUUAUCUGGUUCUGGCCUCCUACAGGAAGACGAUUUAGAUUCCCGUUUUUAAAAAGAGAGAAAGAAAACAGAAACGCUCAGCGCACUGUUCACCGAUAACGCUACUCAAGCAAAUUUAAGACUGGGAGUUUAAAAAAAAUAGUGGUUUGAAAGAUAUCGCAUCCACUGAACUACGCCAACAGAGGUAAAAAAAAUAAAAAAUAAAAAAAACUCAAAAGAAUUCAUCUGUAAAUAAAGCUAUUAAAGUCUGUGUAAAUUAA